AUGGUGGUGAAGAUGGUUAGAACACACUUAAUGGGGCCACUGUCAUGGGGCCAGGUCAAAUGGCCGAGCAUAAUGGGAACAGGAGUCCUUUAUCUGCUGCUGCUAUCAACCUGCCUCGGCCAAGACACAGAAGAUUGGCAAUAUGAGGAAUGUAAACUGUCUCGGUCGGGUCCUCCUGCUACCAUUGUUGCCAUAGAUGAAGAAAGCCCCAAUGGAACGUUAUUGGUGGAGAACAUGCAGAUAAAUGGCGUGGCUGAGGGUCCAGAUCGUACCAUCUCUCUGUCUCUAAGGGAUAACUACGACCACUGGGUGAUCCUUGACCCUUCCAAACAAGCCCUUUACCUCAACAGCACUGGACGGGUUCUGGAUAGAGAUCCCCCCUCAUAUAUUCAGUCCAUUGUGGUUCAGGUUCAGUGUACCAAUGAGCUGGUAGGCACUGUGAUUUUACAUGAAGUGCGCAUCGUUGUUCGAGACCGCAACGACAACGCACCUAGUUUCCAACAGCCAAGAUACUAUGUCGCCGUCAGUGAGCUGACGCCAGUAGGAACCACGAUUUUCUCUGGUUUCUGGGGGAACAAUGGUGCAACAGACAUUGAUGACGGUCCCAAUGGACAGAUAGAGUACACCAUCCAGUACAACCCCAAAGACCCGACAACAAACAGAACCUUUGACAUCCCACUGACACUGUUUGGCUCCGUAGUUCUCAGAGAAAGACUCAACUAUGAGGAGAUAACCCGGUACCUGGUCAUCAUACAGGCAAAUGACCGAGCCCCUUAUCCGAGCGAGCGCCGUACAGCUACCACCACUCUAACAGUGGAUGUACUGGAUGGUGACGACUUGGGUCCAAUGUUUCUACCUUGUACACUUGUGGGAAACACCCGUGACUGUAGUCCCAUCACGUAUAGGGCUAAUGUACUGGAGCUGACCGAGCCGGUAAGUGUGAGCCCCCUCAAUGUGACUCCACCCAUUCAAGCUGUGGACCAAGACAGAAACAUACAGCCUCCCUCUGACAGGCCAGGGAUUAUAUACAGCAUCCUCGUUGGCAAACCGGAGUCCUAUGCAGAAUAUUUCAGCUUGAACAGAACCACAGCAGAGCUCAUGCUACUAAAGCCCAUCGAUAGAGAACUCCACCGCAGAUUUGAUCUGGUUAUCAAGGCAGAGCAGGACAAUGGCCACCCCUUGCCAGCUUUUGCCAACCUCCAAAUCGAAGUUCUGGAUGAAAACAACCAGGCGCCCUACUUCCUGGAGACCAGUUACCAUGGCUACAUCAGUGAGGCAUCACCAGUGGGAACCACCAUAGCGACCAAUGCCAGCCUGUCUGCACCGCUGGUCAUUGUAGCUCUGGAUAACGAUGUGGAGGAGACCAGGGAUCCUCAGCUCCAGUUAUCAUUGGACAGCUAUUAUCAUGUUUUCUCUGCAUCUGCUACUGGGAUCAGAAGAUAUCUCACCCUGGUUCAACCACUGGACAGGGAGACACAGGACUCCUAUACAUUCACGCUUUUAGCAUCUGAUGGCGUCCAGCAGAGCGUUCCAGUUACCGUGACAAUAACGGUGCUGGAUGCCAACGACAACACUCCCACUUUUACUAAUGUCUCUUAUAAUGUCAACCUAUUUACUGAUAUGAUGACUGGAGAAACUGUGUUACAGCUGUCAGCAGUUGACUCAGAUGCAGGUCCCAACGGUCAAGUCACCUAUCGGAUCUUAGCUGGUGACCAGGGACAUUUUCUCAUUGGCAACAGCACUGGGGUGAUUACUGUGGCACCAGGUGUUGAGCUCACUGUUGGGCGGAGCUACGCUUUGACUGUAGAAGCCAUGGAUAAUGGGCCUGUACCUCAAAGAAGGUCGUCCAUUACUACGGUAUAUAUCGAAGUUUUGCCUCCAAACAACCAGAGCCCUCCCCGUUUUCCCCGGCAACAAUACAACCUAGAGAUCAGUGAAGCUAUGAGGACGGGAGCUACUCUGCUCAACCUGCAGGCAGUGGAUCGGGAGAGGGACCCCAUCAUGUACGAAAUCCACAGCGGUGACCGCCAUGGACAUUUUGUGCUACAGCAGAAUUCAGGGUAUUUGGUUCUGGACAAGCCUCUGGACAGGGAGUCUCUGGAUUAUUAUACCCUGGUGGUCACAGCCUCAGACGGACACCCAGAUGGGACCUCCACAGCGACGGUGAACAUUGUGGUGACAGAUGUUAAUGACAAUGACCCGCUGUUCGAUUCUUCACUGCCAGUGAACCUCACUGUCAUCGAGGAGCAGAAUCACACCUACGUUGGACAGGUCAAGGCUAUAGACCCAGAUCUGGGGGCCAACGGUCAGGUCCAUUAUCGUCUCGUCAACCACCAGAAGUCAUUUUCCAUCAAUGCCACUGGUGCGAUCAGAACUGCGGUGCCACUGGACAGAGAGGUGAAAGGCCACUACUUUCUGAUCAUUGAAGCCUGGGAUGGCGCAGUGGACCCUCGGCGAUCCAGAUUAACACUGUCUGUUACUGUUCUGGAUGUAGACGACAACAGCCCGAUAUUCACCCAACAGACUUACAAUGUCAGCCUACCAGAGAACAGCCCCAAAGAUACAGUCAUUUUACAGUUAAAGGCGAUAGACGCUGACCUGGGCUCCAACCUCACAUAUCGAAUCAGAACUGAAGGCUUGGACCAGGAAAUCCCUCAGCUAUUCCACAUCGACCCAGUGACCGGAGAGCUGUCUGUUCUCAAAGUUCUGGACUACGAGGCUCUGACUGACUCCGAACCAACAUACACAUUCACUGUAGAGGCCGUGGACACCAAGGGAACCAUGCCUCCUGGACUAACCUCUGUUACUGUUAGAAUCACGGACAUGAAUGACUUUUCUCCAGUAUUCAGCCAGUCAGUGUACCGAGGCAUGGUUGCCCCUAAUGCUGUCAAGGGAACAAUCGUAACCACAGUGAUGGCCAAUGACUCUGACCCUGCGGGUACCCCAGCAGGUCUGGUGCGUUAUAAAGUAAACCAAGAGGCCUAUCCAUACUCUGCCAAAAUAUUUGAUGUAGAUGGAAAGACGGGAAAUGUGGUAACCAGAGUAAACCUCAAUGAAGAGCCCAACCUCAAGUUCAGUCUGGUGGUGGUGGCCUAUGAUGAUGGUGAACCUGCAAAGGAGAACACAACUCUAGUAGAGAUCACAGUCCUUCAGCCGUCUGUCAUUCCUGUGUUCACUCAGGAAGAAUACAGGUUUCCACCAGUGAGCGAGGAGGCUGCUGUUGGAACCCAAGUGGGAGCCAUCAUGGCAGCUGCUGUCAAUCAAACUAUCAUCUACUCUAUCACUGACGGCAACGAGGGAGGUGCGUUUGCAUUAAACGUAACGACGGGAGUGAUUUCGACAGCCAAGCCCCUGGACUAUGAGGCCAAUUCCAGCUACGUUCUGAAGGUAGAAGCGGACUCCAUGAGAGUGGGGUCCUCAAACUUUCGAGCUCCCUCUAAGACUAACACAGCUAAGGUGAUAAUUGACAUCCUGGAUGAGAACGACCACCCGCCAGUUUUCAGCAGAUCUCUUUACAUCGGAGGGGUUGCAGAAGAUGCAAAAACUUUCACCUCCGUCUUGCAAGUACAGGCCCUGGACCAAGACACUGGUAACUACAGUUCUAUGAUGUACCGGCUGAUCAUUCCCCCUCCUGCUGGUAAAGAUACUAAGGAUAGCAAAGAUGGCUUCGUCAUCGAACCGUACAGCGGCGUGGUGAAGACGGCAAUCAUGUACCGCAACAUGAGGAGGUCAUAUUUUAAGUUUGAGGUGGUUGCCACAGACAACUAUGGUCAAGGACACAGCAGCAAGGCGGAGAUAGUGGUGUCGGUUGUGAACCAGCUGGACAUGCAGGUGGUCGUAUCAAAUGUCCCCCCAACUUAUGUGGAGAAAAACAAAGACAAGCUGCUCAGCAUUUUGGAGCGCUAUGUCCAGGAACAGAUACCAGGUGCAAAGGUUGUCGUGGAAACCAUCGGGCCCAAUCGCCAUGGCGAUGGAAUGGAGCAGGAAGACUACACCAAGUCGGACCUGAUGAUUUAUGCUAUCGACCCGCUGACAAAUAGAGCUGUAUCUAGACAGGAACUCUACAAGUUCCUUGAUGGUAAACUCUUGGACAUAAAUAAAGAGUUCCAGCCCUUCCUCCCUCCUGGUGGACGGAUUCUGGAGAUCCGAACCCCUGAAGUCGUUACCAGCGUAAAGAAAGCAGUGCAGACUGUAGGCUACACAGAGGGGGCACUGUUGGCUCUGGCAGUUAUCAUCAUUAUCUGCUGUGUCCCUGCCAUACUGAUCGUCAUUAUCACCUACAGACAAUUCAAAGAACGCCAGGCAGAGUGUGCCAAAACAGCCCGAAUCCAGAUGGCACUGCCAACAGGCAAACCUGGGGGAGGCACUGCCAACAACCUGUAUGAGGAGCUGGGCGACAAUGCCAUGCGUGGAUAUGGGCAACAUGAGACACAACAACUUCUCAGACCUUCUCUGCUCAGACCAGAGGAGUUAUCAAUGGAAUCUGGCAUUGACCCCGGCCAGGAUUACUACACUCAAGAUUAUUACAACUAUGAUCAUGGGUAUGACCUUCCUCAGUACGGCAGUCGCAGGAAGCUGAUCUCCCCCUCUGGCCUCUAUGAUGAAUAUGGAGAAGUUGUUGUUGAUGACGACGGCAGCUACUACUACAGCCCACAGGAGUCUGAAGGAGAGCACGGCAGUAGAAAACGUCGGAUUAAGUUGGUAGUGGACCGUGAAUAUGAGACCAGCUCCACCGGUGAGGACAGCAUGCCAGAGACCCAACGCAACCGCUUAUCCUCCACCCUCAACAGCCACGCUAACGUUAACGGCAGCAUCUACGUGGCCCAGAAUGGCUCCAUCAUCCGCACCCGACGUUCAGUAAACGCCACGGUUCCCACACACACACACACCAACACGAACAACAACCUAAAACUUCCCUCCCCCGUCUUCAGCUCACGGCUGGCCAAGCACUUUAAAAAACUAGACAAAAUGGCUGCCACGCUGGAGGAAAGAGUACCCCUGAACAGCCCCAGAACAGACGUUGGGUGCAACACGCUGCGCACCUUCCAAAGUUCGGGAAUGGCCACCUCUGCGACGGCCACUUCCUCUUUCUCUAACACUGACAACAAUAAAACGCUGAAUGAGUUUAACAAUCGACAAUCCAGCGUGUCUUUAGGGUCAACCAGCACCAGCAACACGGGCACUGAAAGUGUGGCAUCUAAAUCCAACCUGCUCAAAGCGGCGCAGGGCGGCACGGAGCAGCCGCAGAGCACAGCGGGGAUAGACGAGUUGAAGGAAGGCGAGAGAGAGUCGAAGGUAGACGGCAGUAACGACGACGACGACGACGACAACGGGCUCGUUAUGAGGGGGCCAUUGGAGUGCCCGAGUGACAGAACGCAGUCGGAUGAGGAGGAACUAUGGAUGGGCCCGUGGAACAGCCUUCACAUACCCAUGACCAAACUCUGACUGUGCUCGCUCCUUAUUGCCAAGAUCAUUAAAGCGUUCAGACAUCAUUUCUGUUCAUUAGUUGUGGAACUAAUGGGGAUGCUCCAAUCCAAUUAAAAGAUAUCUAAUUAGCAGAUUGGUACCCAGCUAAAUGGUGAAUUAGCAUAUUCUGGUAUUUAAACUUUAUUUCACUAAGAAGUACGUAUGCACUCAAAAUAAUUAAUUUUUGUUUAAAUUCAGACACAUUUGAUAAAAAUACAUUUAAAAAAAACAAGUAACUCUAAUUGGUUGUUUUUCCAGUUAAAAUGUCUGUUUUGUUACUGCUCAAUAUUCCAAUCGGAGCAUCCCUUAAACCCAAUUGAUCUCAGAGCUGCAACACUUUGGAAAACUGGACCUAGAAUGAGAGGACUUGUUAUAUUUCUACUUUGCUAAGAGAUAAUGAAGGAAACUUGAGGACAGUCUAUGAACUUUUUAUGGCCCUUUAAGCGACUGGUUUCUCUGUAUGGAACUUGUUUCAUUCAGUACUAGGGCUACCGGUGCGACUCAUCUUGAAUUUGCCUGGCACUUUGCAUUGACACUUGUCUUGUAUUGUUCAAACUUGCCUUUUUAUUCUUGUCAAGUUGCUUGGCAAACUUUAUCCAAAUAAAAGACUAUUUCAUCCAUUGAAAUGUGGAGUUUGGCUAACUUGGUGUUGCGUUUUUCUAUGGUGAGUUGUGAGCUUCCAAAGGGUGGAAUGUAGAGUAAUGUGUUUUUCUGGUUCAAAUUUGCAAACUCAAUACUUUGUUCUUUAAACUGUUUUUUUUUUCCUGAAAUAUGCUUGUUUCUCUUUAUUGCCAAGAGUAAGAUGAGAAGAUUAAUACCACUCUAAAAAAAAAAACUAAAUAUGUAGCUGGAGC